UAAUGUAUUUAUUUGCUACAAAAAAUUAUAAAGAAUAUAUAGAUGAGGUUAUAUAUGUAGGUGAUAAUGCAAAUAGAAUUUAUGAUGAAAAAUUUAAAAAAGAAUUUAUUAAUCAUUUAAAAUAUAUAUACUCAAAAAAUAAUGUUAAUAUAAAUAUUGAUGAAAUAUAUAAACGUUUAAAAAAAGAUUAUACAGAUACUGAUUUAAAAUUUGCUCUAAAUAUCAAUGCAAAAUUUUAUACACCUGAAGAUUUAUUUCUAAAUAUUAAAAAUCACAUAUCUACCGAUUUUUUAUUUAAUCCUAAUUAUUUUAAUAAAGAAUUAGAUGACCAACAAAAUAUUAAUAAAAAAAAUAAUUAUUUCUAUGAAAUGUGUAUGAAAGACUAUCAUUGUGAAAAUGAAGAAAACAAUAAUAUAAAUACAAAUAAUAAUAUUAUAUCAAAAAAUAAAUAUACCAUAGAUGACAAAUAUAUCCCUCCAAAUGAUAAACAAAAAUUAGUCAUAUUAAUGGGACCCCCAGGUUGUGGAAAAACCUUUCUAUGUACUAAUUAUUUUUCAACAUAUAUAAGAAUUAAUAUGGAAGAAUAUAAAACUAUAUCAAAAUGUAUUCAAGCAUUAAAAGAAAAAUUAAUACAACAUAAAAAUGUUAUAAUAGAUAAUGUCAAUUCAUUAAUUAAAAAUAGACUUUUAUAUAUUAAUGAAGCAAAAAAAAUUAAUCAAAAUAUAGAAAUUAGACUUAUAUAUUUUAAAUAUUCAAAAGAAUUAAUUAUACACUUAAAUACCUUUAAAUUAAUUACUGAUAAAACUAACAAAUUCAAUGAUGUACCUACUAUAGCUAUACAUUCAUUUUAUAAAUAUGUUCAAGAACCUUCAAAAGAUGAAAAUGUUGAUCAUAUAAUAGUUCUAAAGGAUGAAAAUUUUGUACCAACCAAAUUUCAAAGCGAAGAACAAAAAAAGUUAUUUUUCAUGUAUUUAAAUUGA